CUACCUGACAUAAGCCUGGCCCAGAAGGUGAUAAUUGGUAUCGUUCUCUCCUUCGUCAUCUUCCUGUCCAUCUUCGGCAACGUCCUCGUCUGCCUCGCCGUCUACACUGACAGGAACCUUCGCAAGAUCGGCAACCUCUUCGUCGUGUCGCUGGCCAUCGCUGACCUCUUCGUGGCCUGCGUUGUCAUGACCUUCGCCCUCGUCAAUGACCUCCUCGGCUACUGGCCCUUCGGGAGUGAGUACUGCGACAUCUGGAUUGCCUUCGACGUCAUGUGCUCCACGGCCUCCAUCGUGAACCUGUGCGCCAUUAGUCUGGACAGAUACAUCCACAUCAAGGACCCACUGAGGUAUGGCCGAUGGAUGACCAAGCGCAUCGUGACCCUGUCCAUCGCGGGGAUAUGGCUCCUCAGCGCUCUCGUCUCCUUCCUACCCAUCAGCCUCAAACUCCACAGACCCCCGGACAAGAAGGACGAAGAGCCGCGGCCGACCGGGGGAGAGGAGGAGCAGUGCGCCCUCGAACUAAGCAAAAUCUACGCCGUGGUCUCCUCCUGCAUCAGCUUCUUCCUGCCGUGCUGCGUCAUGCUGGCCAUCUACUCGAGGCUCUACCUGUACGCCAAGAGACACGUCGAGUCCAUCAAGGCUCUGGUCCGCCCGGUGACGCUCGGGUCCUUGGAGGGGGACACGUCGAGGCCAAGAAAGGUCGCUGCGCCGUGCCACGUGUCGGAGAGCAAGGCCGCGACCACCGUGGGCAUCAUCGUGGGCACCUUCCUCACCUGCUGGGUCCCCUUCUUCUGCGUCAACAUCGCGGCCGCCUUCUGCGCCGACUGUAUUCCUGAUGUGGUGUUCAAGACGCUCACCUGGUUCGGCUACACCAACUCGUCCUUCAACCCGAUCAUCUAUUCCAUCUUCAACCAAGAGUUCCGCGACGCCUUCAAGAGAAUCCUCACCUCGCGCUGCCGCCCCUGCCCCGACUACUGCUGCUGCUGCUGCAUCGUCGACCCCGCUGACAUCCCCUACUCCUCACCCUCCCAGACGCCCUACCCCUGCGAGUGCUGCGCCUCCUCCUCCUCUUCCUCCUCCUCCUCGUGUUGUUGUUGCUGCUGCUCCCUCUUCAGGCCCCGCAGGAGUCGUCCGGGUACCAGCGGGGUGGUGAUGGGCGGCAAGAGCCAGGCCGUCUCUCGCCACGUUGAAGCCGCAAGACACAACCACCAAAACGGCUCCUCCUCCACCGCCCUCACCGAGUACACCGUCCUCGACACAGCCACGCCCAAGUUCUCGCACGACCGCUCCAGGGCCUCGUCGGGGGAGCGCUGCCUCAUCCUCGAGCAGAUCUCCGCUAUUUGAACACCGCGGGGACGACUUGCUAACUUUCAUCUAUGGUCCUCCUUUCUGCGGGGGCCUCGAUCUCAUCCCAGGGCCUCGAGUGUUAGUGUGGCUCUAGUCUGACUCAGUGGGCGUGGCGAGGCGUUAAGGUUCUCCAUGUGGCGGCCGUGAUCUCACUUUUGGGUCUCGAGUGUGGGUCGUGGCGAAGGAUCGGGGCUGUGAGAGCGCUUGUGUUUGUCCGUCCCGUGUUGAUAUGUCGGGAUGAAAAGAGAGGGUGCUUGUGUGUCGCCUUCUAGUCGUGGACAAGCAUCGCGGGGUGACCUGCAGGACUGUCGGAGGGGUGAAGGGAGGAGGUGUGGGUGUGUGGAUGUAUGUGUCCUCCUCCCUCUUCACCAAUGUCCCUGUGGGGUGGUCACUGCGAUACUUGUUUGUGUCUCGGUGACUUUACAUAAGAAGAGACGUCUGUGUGUGUCUCCUCAGCCUCACACAGCACCAGGAACAUUAACCAGGCACCCCAGCAGAACCCACAGCAGGAGCAGGUCAGCACAGAACAAGUCCAUACCAGCCCAGCAGAGUCCCACCAGCAGAAGCAGAACAGAAUAUUAGAACAUAAGUCAGCCCAGCCAGUCAGCCCGCCACCAUCCCGUCAGCAGCUCACACGCCGGCCCCCUCUCUGUGCUUCCCGCAGGAGGACGCGGCAAAGCGAGAAAUGUAAUUAAGCCUUGAUUCCUUCGAGUGUGUUGUCGCUUUGUGUCUGUGUGUCUGGUGGGGGCAGCGGCGCCUCUCAUCCCUCCCGCCUGCAUUCCCUCUCCUCGCGACGCCUCCUCCAUCCCUCCCGCCCCUCCCUCCCUCCCUGGUUCCUCUCCCGAAGGUGGAAAUCCAUUCGUGGCAGUGGACGCCGAGGAAACGCUGCAGGAAACACAACACAGUAGCAACACAGCGAGGGUGAAAGGGAAGUGUUGCUUAGAAGACCGGUAAAACGCGAGCACGGGGAUGAAGAGGCGGAGGAAGACGAGGACGAGGAAGAGGAAGAGGAGUGAUACAAAGAAGCCAAAUAAAAAGACACACGACUGAGAGAGACAGCGGAGGAAAAUGAAGCCAAACCAACCAUCGCAGACACAAGAAUGAGGAAGACAAAGACGAGGACGAGGAAUGAAAAAACAAAAGAAUAACGGAAGCCAGAAAUAGACACACAACAAAGAAAACAACACUAGAGGAGAAUAAAACCUUAGCUAUCAUCACACACACGACGAUGACGAAGACGAUGACGGGGCCUAAAGAAGAAAGGUGAAGAAUCAUCAUUUACUGACACCCACAAAGACGAGGGUGGAAAGGAAAAGAUGAACCGAGAAAAACAAUGAACGAACUCGCAGAAAGGGGAAUGAAAAGGAGAAGAACGACCGUGAUCUCCGCCUGCCACGUUCCCUUCCGUCUUACCUGGUGGUGGUGGUGGUGGAGGAGGUGAAGGACAGGUGUGUGGGAGGGAGUGAACAGGUAUUAUAAAGGUGCUGGAAGGUGUAGAGGCAGGUAAUAUAUGAUGGUGUUGUGUUGUAUAUAUCCAGGUGUCUCUCGUACACACACACACACACACACACACACACACACACACACACACACACAGGUAAAUUGGAUCACUAAUUACCACCUUCUCACCCACCUGUCGCGACUCCUCUCUCUCAGUCAGGUUAAUUAAACCACCUGAAAGGAAGAUUCUAUACUCACAGCUUCACCUGAAUAGACGCAGAAGAAAAAAAUGUUAAAAAAAAAAGAGCGAAAAGGAAGACGGAAAGGGUGAUGUAAUUGAAGAAAAAAAGAUCACACACACACACACACACACACACACACACACACACACACACACACACACACACACACACACACACACACACACACACACACACCUCCAUUUCAGAACUCAAUGCAAAACUCGACUGCAAAACAAAUCUGACACGUGAGCGAUGUUUUUCCCUCAUUAUUUCGUCUUGUUUCUUUUUUUUCCCCUCGAGUCUAAUGCGGGAAGCCCCUCAAGAACACGGGCCAAUUGGAGUAAGAGGACUGACUGUCAACUACUAUACUCGACUCUGAUUGGCCAGAAUUGAUCACCUGGUCCCCUCCCCCACUCUCCCCUCUACCCUUCGACCCCUCCUCCUCCUUCCCUCUCCCUGUUCCCCCUCCUCCUCUUCCUUUUUCUCCUCCCACGAUUCCCUCCAACUCUUCCUCCCCAUCUUCUCCUUCCUUCAUCCCUCUUCUCUCCCUGAUGAUGAUGAUGAAAAUGAUGCCUCUUGUUGGUCUGGUAAAGGUUGUAAAGCGAAAUAUAUAUAAAGGUCAAAGCUAAAAGGUCAAAUUCAAAAAAGUUAUAAAAAAGGAUCUGAUGGAAAAGUUGAUAGUGAGAGUGAUGACCUGUUCUCACCAUCCCCUCCCACACACUCACCUUCCCUCCAUUUACCUAAUGAUGAUGAUGAUGAUGAGAGUGAUGGUGCCUAUUGAUACCGUCGGGAGGAUUUGAUGAUGAAAUGAGUGUUGUUUAUAAGGAAGGUGUAAGCGAUCCACCUCACCUUCUGACCUCCACUCCAGCCUGUGAUGAUAGUGAUGACGAUGGUGAUGACGUCCCGUGGUGCUGGCUGACGUGAGGUGAGGUGAGGUGACGUGAAAAUAGAGGCAGAAAAAAAGCAUUAACUGUGAUGGAAAUGUAGAUGCUGAAAGUGAAGAUGAUGGUCAUGAUGAUGGUGGUGUUGGUAGUGACAGGUGAGGUGACUAGCGUCCGUGUUGUGAUGAAUCUCUUUACCUGGAAGACAAACAAAGACUGGCGGUAAAAAUGAUGACGGUAGCGGAAGAAUCGUGGAAACAGAGACUAUGACGUAAUUGGGGAGAGUUUACGAUAAAAAGAAAAUUGCUACAGAAAAUGGGAUGUUCAGUAAAUGAAAAAUGGGAAGUAGUGACAGGGAAAAUAGAAUCUUUUUGUAAGUGAAAAGAUGAAAAAACAAAAAAGUAUUAUUCAUUCCAUUGACAAAUAAGUCAGUAACGCAGUAAGUAAAAUAAAAUUACUUGGGAAAAAAAUAAGUGUGUGUAUGUGUGUGUGUGUUUAAUGUAUGUCGGCACUCAGCUAGUCAUUGUGGUCAUGGUGUUGAUGGUAAUGAUGAUAAUGAUGAUGAUGGUGGUGGUGUCUCUGCAGUGAUUGGAAGUGUCGUAAGGGAAACUUAAAUGUAUGAAGAGUCUUAUUUUGUGUGCGUGUAUGUGUAAAAAAAUAAACCACAUGCUAGUCAAAAUGAGAAAUUAAAGACAUUGAAAACUAAAGGAGAAAAUGUAUCCUAAAAAGAAGAAGAAAGACUUCAGGUGUACCGAAAAUUGAGAAAAAACAAACUAUUAUGAAAGAAAAAAGGACACACCAAAGGAAUUAAAACCACUUACUUAAAAACCAAAAAAUCAGUGAAGACAAUGACUGAUGAUGAAAACGAUUGUGACGAUGAAGAAAACACAUUACGGUUACCACAUAGUCAUUGAAGGUAGUCUCGUAGGUCCAUGUCUGUCUGUAGGUAUGUACGUAUGUAUGUAUGUGUGUGUGUGUGUGUGUGUGUGUGUGUGUGUGUAUGUUUGUAUGUAUGCAUGUGUGUAUGUAUAUAUUUACGAGUCAUUAUAGGCCUGCGCUGUGCUCUUGCCAUAAUAGUCUUGGUGCCAUCACCGAAAUAUAAUAUAUACACCUUUGGGUAUUAUUUUGUACUACUACUACUACUACUACUACUACUACCACGAUUAUUACUAUUACUACUACUACUACUACUACUACUACUACUACUACUACUACGAUUAUUACUAUUAUUACUAUUACUACUACUACUACUACUACUACUACUACGAUUAUUACUAUUACUACUAUUACCACUACUACUACUACUACUACGACUACGACUAAUACUACUGAUGUUAUUACUACUAUUUCUACUUCCCAUUCCACUACUACUACUACUACUACUACUACUACUACUACUACUACUACUACUACUACUACUACUACUACACCACAGCGCCUUGGCCGUGGUGCAUGAGGCUCAACUUAAUAAACAAGAACAUAAAGCAGGAGUGACUCAGUAAAGCUAUUCUGCCUUUUCUAAUUUUCCUCGCUGGGCGCCUCUGUUUCAAGGCUCAGUGCAGGUUGACAAGUGCAAUCAUCUACACAUAAGUUCCGUUCACGACCACUUGGCAGAUAGGCCCCGCCCACUGCCCCUCCCACCCACCGUUGCCAAAUCAAACGUAUACUCCUCAGGCAAUAACCAACCACACGCGUCCAUAAGAAGGAUGUUAAGUGUGAGGAGCUAUUUUUGUUAAGUUACACACAAGUCUGCUGCCUCAAAUGGGAUAAAGGGGGCGGAGCUUAUACGCCAAGUUAGUGUGGACGAGCUGCGGUCUGUAAUACUAGAGCUUAUACCCGCUUUGAUAAGGGUGAUAGUGUUUCGUUCGUAGCGCCUAAGAUUUUGUGAAGUAACUUGAGAAUUUUUCAUCACACGUCUGAGAGUAAUUUCGACUUCUUUCGGCGCCCUCCCAGCCUUUCUCUGCCUGUUUAAAUGGAAGCAGCGUCUUGCGAGUGUUUAUUUUACUUAUUUCUUUGCUUUUAGUGUGUUUCUUUUGCCAUAAACACACACACACACACACACACACACACACACACACACACACACACACACAAAUAAAAGGCAACACAACAACAUUUUCACUCCAUACAUAAACAAUAAAUAAAUAGAAGCCUUACAGUGAUAUUUUUUUCAGCUAUAUAUUUUCUUCCCACGUUAGAGAGAGGAAAACCUGAAACUUUAAAUCAGAAAAAAAAACUGACGCGCUCAUUUCACACGCAAACUAAUGUAUGUGAGGGGAAAAGGGAGGCUGUUCAUUAACCUGAUAUCAAAGGACGGAGGCCGGGGCGGGAAAGUUGGCUGAUAAAAUUGUGAUUCAUCAACGUGGAGAGCACCAAGUUAAUGUUGCCGAAGGGGCCGAGAAAAGGGAGGUGAGGGACUAGGCUUAAAGAUUCUUCUCCUCCCUUUCGUCCUCCUCCUCUUUCUCUUACCAUGACCUAUUUCUCCCUCCUUUUCACUUCUCUUCCCUCCCUUUUCCUUCGUCCCUUUUCACCUCCUCUUGACUUCUCUUUCCCUUUUCUCUCAACCUCUUUCCUUUCUUUUCCCGUGACUCUUUUCAUCCUUUUCUUUUUUCUCUCUUCCCUUGUUCACUGUAUCCCUCCAGCUUUUCCGUUUCCUCAUUUCCCUCUUACUCCUGGUUUAAUUUUGCCUUCUCUUCCCUUUUCUUCUCGUCCCGUUUCCUUGAGUCAUUUCUCCCUCCACUUCUUCCUUUCCCUUUCUCCCUCUUCUCCUAACUCAUCAUUCUUCACCUCUUGCUUUUCCUUUCUUCCUUCAACUCACACACUUCACAUCUUCCCUUGCCUUUCCCCUUUCUUCUGUUCCCUGUCUUUGUCUCUCUUCCUCCCAUCUUCCUUAAUUUGUCCGUCAUGCCUUUCUCUUCUUUCUGGUGUAUCCUCUUUUCUUUCUAAUAAUCCACCGUAACUUUUCCUUUUCUCCUCUUCCCUUCCCACUUCUCACCUUUCUCUCCCUUACUUCCUCGUCACCUCCCCUCUCUCCCACUCCCUCGCCCCAUCCAUCAGUAUUAUAUCUCCUCUACAGCGCAAUUACUUAGGCCACUUAGCUUGAGUUUUCCUGUGUAUUCUGCCGUCUGUCGAGCACUUUUGUUAAGCCCUCAUGUGGUGGAGAGAAACGUUGACUUGGAGAAAAGUUAAAUUUGUAUAAUGAAUGAAGCUGCGGGGGUAUUUAAAGCAUAGUCGUGUAAGAACUGAACACACACACACACACACACACACACACACACACACACACACACACACAAAACAAACAAACAAACUCGAUUAAUUCUCAAGUUACUGUCACGUGCUCCAUCCAGUAAACAAACACUUAAACUUUUGAUCCAUUUAUCCACAUCUAUUUACUGUUACUAUUAUUAUUACUAUUAUUAUUGUUGUUGUUAUCAUCAUAUUCCUCUCCUCUUCGAAACCAUCUCACGACAUAGAUUAUUUUUUACAGCUACAGAUGCCAUAUAUAAAGUCAUUCCUAUGUGCUAUGUGCGGCUCUAGAUCAUUAUUCGGCUUCCUUAUGUGUCUAUUUACGCUAAGCCACACCAGAC